AAUAAACAUUGCUGUCGUUUCUACCUUUUUUGAUAUGGCAUUUCAUCCACCAAAUUUUGUAUAGAUUUAAUAAAAGUAUCAAAACAAUUUUGCUUCAUCGUCCCAAAUCACUAUCCCCAGGAGUGGACGAUCAAUGAUCUUAUUUCAUUUGAGCAGAUGGAAGCGAUGAACUAAAUUUCAAACAUAAUUCAACCAAACGAUGCUUCAGAAGAGAACAGACGGAAGAUCUAAGAGAUUCAAGUUAGCCUGGGUCGCAUUAUUAUCCGUUGUUGUUGUCAUUGGAUUCUGUCUUGAAAUAAAGAAGUAUAUACUAGGAACUACCCGUGUUGAAUUGAAGAGAUAUGCAAUUGUUGGUGAAUUUGAUCCAAGUUAUGACAAGUUAUUCCCGCGAAAUUAUCACGCAACAGGCUUGUUGACAUUGCCUUAUGACAAUAUAGUAGAACCGUUUGAAGCCUGGUAUGCUGGGGAAAGAAAUAUGAGCAGGAUUGAUUAUUACUAUGGAAUGGACAAAACAAUCCAAAGAGGAGAUAUGGACGACCAUGGAUUAUUGUUUAAAAUUAUUCCAAAACAUAAAGAUCCCGCACCUUCUAAGACGUUUUUCAGAAGUUGUUGGAUAAGACGAGUUCCAUCAUGGGAUCCUAUACAAGGGCAAAGUGUUAUUCCGACAAAUUUAUCAGAAUUUAAGCUACAAGGAGUGGAGAUUUACAAAGGACAGCCAUGUCGGAAAUACGUGCGAAAGAUUGUUGAAUAUAAUAAGACAAAUACAUAUACAUUAUUCGUCACCGAUAAUGAACCACACAUUCCUGUCAAGUAUGAAAUGUUCGGAUAUGAUGAUCUUCUGACAUCCCACUAUGAUCAUUACAUAUUGGAUUAUAUCACUUUUUCUCCAUGGGCAUUUAACUUCUCCAUUUUCAAGAUUCCAGCUGACACCUGGUGCGGAAAGAAAGCAAGAAAGAUUAAAUCACGUUAUUUUGUUAACCCAAUGGCAGAAUUUGUUCAUUUCCAUCAUUCACAAGAUCAAGAGACAGAGAAACAUUUUAAAAAAUUUAAGAAACUCCAUUUAAAAGAUUAUAAGCAUCAUCAUGAAAAUGAAAGAAGAAAACAUAUUUUUAAACACAACCUAAGGUUUAUUAAUUCACGUAAUCGCCGCAACACGGCUUACACUCUCUCUGUGAAUCACUUAAGUGAUUUAACCGAAGAAGAGAUGGAAUCACAUCGUGGAAUGUUGUCUGAUGAUGAAAAUGACGAGGAAGAGGGAAGUCUCAAUGAAAAAGAAAAGAAAAGGAUUCUAAACUUGAUGCAUGAUAAACACUUUGAUAAACUACCAAAAACACUGGACUGGCGAGAUUACGGUGCUGUAACGCCUGUCAGUAGCCAGGGAUUGUGUGGAUCAUGCUGGACUUUUUCAAUUGCUGCCCCAAUUGAGGCACACUAUUUCUUUCAGACGGGCAAAAUGACAGAGAUAUCAAAACAACAAAUAAUGGACUGCUCUUGGGGGAGUGGUAACCACGGGUGUCGUGGAGGACUUCCUGCAAAAGCUCUGGCAUGGGCUGUUCGCAAUGGAGUAGCGACAAAGAAAAGUUAUGGCCCAUAUUUGGGACAGGAGGCUUAUUGCCAUUGCGGUCAGGAUGAAAACUGCACAGUGAUUGACAAUGCUAAAGAUUUUUAUCGCGUCAGACCCAAUACAGUAAAGACACUAAAACUUGCUCUUGCCAAAUAUGGGCCAAUAUCAUGUAGUAUUAAUGCCGAUGCUAAGACAUUGCGAUUUUACAGUAAAGGUGUCUAUAACGACCCGGAGAAUUCAAAGAAGCGAAACAAUCAUGCUGUAGUUUGCAUUGGCUAUGGUAUAGAGGAUAAUAAGGAACCGUACUGGAUACUAAAGAACACAUGGGGUCCACUUUGGGGAGAUAAUGGUUAUAUAAAAAUUUCUCAAAAAGGAAACAUUGCAAAUAUCCAUGGUGGUCAAUUAUUAACCAUCAAAAAAGAUAAUAAAAUUCCUGAUUUUCCGUAUCAAUCUUUGAAAAAAGUUAAAAGAAGAGAAAAGCUUUAUAACAAUUUAGCAUCAAUUUCAGUAUGAUCCUUUUAUAUAUUUUGUAUUAAAAUUAAAACUUUUUAAACGUUUUCAGUUUUGAUAAGAUAGGGUUAGAUUAUAAUUAAACGUCACUGUUAAAAUUACACUAGAGUUGUCAAAUAGCCGAGGGUCUGCGACACCACCCGUCUAGGGGCCAGUGAGGAAGUUUUGUCCGCAUAUUUUUAGUGAAUGAAUUUGCUUAACCCUUAACCAUGCCCGUGUUUAAUAAAAAUAUUUCGAAGCAUUUAAAAUGUGUUGUAAAAGAAACGGGUGAAGGCUGCUUUCCACUUACGCGUUUUUCAUGCGCAUGUACACGCACGCCAGUUAAAGUCUAAAUCCUUAUAUAUGUUAUAUAUGCAUUUAUAGAUCAGCGGCUAAGAAAAGUCUCUAUAAAGGCGGAU